CUUACAGUCAGUCUGUUGUUCCCGGCACAGAAAGGUCUGCUGUCAUCCAAACAGGAUGUUUUGUGUCUUCUGACAGGAAGGACACAUCAGGCGCUGACCAUCCAUGGAGGUUCCUCUCCUCCUCCUCCUCACCUUCCUCAUCUCUCCAUCCCUUUCCUCCUUGCUGUCCCAGAACGGCUUCAAUGUGGUCGGUAAACCUCCUCCUCCUGCGGCGGGUCCAGUACUGCAGGGGGGGCCUUUCGUUGUGGUGUGGAACAUGCCGACAGCGAACUGUCAGAAACGCUACGAUGUCCAACUGGACCUGGAAGACUUUGGCAUUGUGGAGAACCCUAAGCAGCAUUUCCAGGGAGAGAAAAUGACCAUCUUCUACCGCGACCGCUUGGGGAAAUACCCGUACCUGUCCCACGACGGCCGUGAGGUGAACGGAGGAAUCCCUCAGCUCGGUGACCUCUCUGCUCACCUGUCCCUCACAGGGUCACAGCUGACCCGCCUGCUGCACCCCAGCUUCUCCGGCGUGGCCGUCAUUGACUGGGAGGAAUGGCAGCCGUUGUGGGAGAACAACUUUGACAGCAAGCUGAAAUACCGGAUGCUGUCCAAGCUGCUGGUGAGGCAAGAGAGGCCUGAACUGACGGAGAGCGAGGUCACGCUGCUGGCCAAACGAAGCUUUGAAAAAAGCGCUCGGAUGUUUAUGGAGGAGACGCUGCGGGAGGCGCUCAGACAACGCCCCAGAGGAUUCUGGGGGUUUUAUGGAUUUCCCUACUGCUUUAAUAAGCAAAAAAGAAGCUCAGAUGAAAGCUACACGGGUCAAUGCCACAGUGGUACCAGGCGGCACAAUGACCAGCUGGCCUGGCUCUGGACUCAGUCCACAGCUCUGUUCCCGAGCAUCUACCUGCCGCAGAGGCUGGCCGGGUCUGCAGAUGCAGCUCUGAUGGUCAGACACAGACUGCUGGAAGCUUUGAGGGUGGCGUCACUUUGGCCUCAUGGCAACAGAACCGACCAUGCCACACCCGUCCUUCCCUACGCCAGACUGGCGUUCACACACUCACUCAACUUUCUCAAUAAGACGGACCUGGAGCACACACUCGGGGAGAGUGCAGCACUCGGAGCAGCUGGAGUUGUUCUGUGGGGUGACUUGAAGUUUGCCAAAUCCGAGCAACAGUGCCUCAUCCUCAAAGACUAUGUCCACCACAUAUUGGGUCCCUUUGUUCAGUCUCUGAGGUCUGACGCUCGGCGCUGCAGCCUCCAGCUUUGCCAUGGCAACGGACGCUGCACCAGGAAACACACCUUCUGCGGCCACAGCCUGUCUUCGGCCGCUGACGGCCCGUCUAACUCCGGCAGCAGCAAAUAUUUUCACAAACACUUCAAGUGUCGGUGUUACGCAGGAUUUACUGGACAGGAGUGUGAGGAGGAAGAGGAGGAGAGCAGAGAGGAGGACGAUUAACCAGACCUUCAGCUGCAAGCAGUCAUUUUAAAAUGAUCUAUAAUAAUAUCCUGUAAAUGUGUAUCUUUGUCAAUGAUGCCACAAGUUUAUCAAAAAUGUGAUCUCUAAUUUAAAAUAUUUAAUUUAUGGAUGGAGAGUUUUAGUGGAAUUUAAUCUAAAUAAAUAGAACAAGGGGAAACAUCAUAAAAAAGGUGAUCUAGGGAGCGUUAGUUUUUGUUUUUAGUACAACUUUUCAUGAAGUUCUCUAAAUCUUUAAUUUUCUAAACAGAAAUUCCAACAAGUUUGGACAAAAAAAUUUUUUUUAGAGGGUAAAUUAACAGCUGAACUGUGCUUGAGAAGGAUCAUUUUUCAUUGUGAAAGCUGAAUAAUUUAUAAUUUCUUGUUGCAAAUGCUUCAACUUAAGCUUGCUGGACUUCUACGGGAUCAUAAAUUAAUUUAAAUUAUAGGAAUCCUUUUCAAUUCUUUAUCUUCUUUUACAUUGUGGUAGAGCUCAAUGAAAGCAGGAUAGCAGAUAGAUCACUGUUUAUAUUCGCCAUGCUUGGCAUGCUUUUAAGCAGAACCACCCCCAAAUGUAGUAAUUUAAAGGGAAAAUAUUUGCUUCAUAAUCCUUUAACAUUUGCUUCCUGAUUGGAGCAAGAUUAAAACAACAAUUCAACAAAUGUUUCUUUUUUUCAAAUGCAGAAAAUAAAUUACAUUUAGAUACUUCUAAAA